UCGUGAAUAUCCAUUAUCCUGGCGAUCGUAUGAGUCAGCAGGAAAGAUCUCUCACGAAAACCAUCAUUUUGAAAGGCAAGUUGUCUGUCCCAUGAGCCAAGUACUCCCCUUGUAAUAUCUUUUUCGCGGAUCCAGUUCUAUCCCAGAUAGCAAUGUCUACAGAAGAUGAUCGUUACAUCGUAUGGUUUGACAUAGACAAUACCUUGUAUUCCACUAGUGCAGACGUGUCCCGAGCCAUGGGCAAGAGAAUUCAUGCUUAUUUCUUGACCUUGGGCUUAGACGACGAUGAGGCCUCUGAUCUACAUUUGAAAUAUUAUACACAAUAUGGACUUGCACUCGCUGGACUGGUGCGACACCACGACGUAGAUCCGCUGGACUUUGACGAGAAGUGCGACGGUUCCCUGCCUCUUGAAGAGAUGAUAAAGCCCGACCCCUCGCUUCGCAAACUCUUUGAAGACAUAGAUCGGAGCAAAGCACGUGUGUGGGCGCUAACCAAUGCAUAUCGGCCACAUGCAGAACGUGUUCUCCGAAUUCUCAAUGUCCACGACCAAAUAGAGGGUCUGGUCUAUUGCGACUACGCACAGAAAGAUCUUAUCAGCAAACCAGAGCCUGAAUAUUACCACAAGGCCCUUAGACAAGCAAACGUGUCCAAUCCCUCUAAAUGUUUCUUUGUAGAUGACAAUAGACGCAACGUGGAUGCUGCACGCGCUCUCGGUUGGAAACACUGUGUGCACUUCUGCGAGCAUGGUUUAAACCACGUCGAAGGAGGCAAGGUCCAGGAAAUUUCCAGUAACAGGAAUGGCGAUGCAGAUAAUGGGGUCGCUGUUAUAAGCGACCUGCAGGAGUUGAGGACGGUGUGGGCUGAUAUCUUUGUUUCUUGAAAUACCUCGUAGUUAAUAUACACAUACCAUUAUACAAUUUCUAGAGAGUGCACAUGAGCCCCAAGAGGUCUUCCGAAAACGGUAACAUCAUUUCCU